AACCAAACCUUCUAUCAGUAAAAAUGGAGCGUACCUUCAUUGCUGUGAAGCCUGAUGGCGUCCAGAGAGGACUGUGCGGCGAGAUCAUCAAGCGCUUCGAGCAUAGAGGCUUCAGGCUGGUGGCUGCCAAAUUCACGCAGGCAUCUGAGGACCACAUGAAGAACCACUACCUGGACCUGAAGGACAUGCCUUUCUAUGGUGGACUCUGCAAAUACAUGUCUUCUGGACCCAUUCUCGCCAUGGUGUGGGAGGGUCAGAGCAUUGUGAAGCUGGCCAGGAUGAUGCUGGGUGAGACCAACCCCGCUGACUCCAAGCCUGGCAGCAUCCGUGGAGACCUGUGCAUCAACAUCGGCAGGAACAUCAUCCACGGCAGCGACACCCUGGAGAACGCCAAGAGGGAGGUCGACCUGUGGUUCAAGGCCGAGGAGUUCGUUGCCUACACCCCCUGCGGCCAGCCCUGGCUGUACGAGUAAACUGGCCAAUCACAGACCAGUAAACUGCACCCAACUGGACCCCACUGACCCCGCCCCGUCACAUCUGUUGCCCCCCCUACAGUCGAUCGUCUGACUUGGUCUUCACUGAUCAAUU